UCGUAACAAUAGAUUUGUACAAUAUUUGAGUGAUGUUAACGCUGUUUAGUUUACGUAGAACCUGCGUGGUGCGCUUCAAAGAAGCUUAUGCCACAUGGUCUAAAACCAAAGCAAUGAAGGAGAAAAAGAAAAAAGCGGAUGACACUUCCGGAGCAGUAUCCGAAUUGAAUCCGUGGCCAGAAUACAUUCAGAAGAGAAUCAAUCUCUGGGAUAAAUACAAGACACAAUAUCAGGAGGAGUUAGCUGCAAAACCAGAACUGAGUAUUGUUGUAACUUUACCCGAUGGGAAGACAGUGGAAGCUAAAGCAUGGAGAACCACUCCAUAUGAUGUAGCUAAGGGUAUUAGUCAAGGCUUAGCAGACUCAACUAUCAUAGCUCGGGUGAACAAUGAAUUAUGGGAUCUGGACCGGCCGCUAGAGGGCGACUGCAAGCUGGAACUCCUACGUUGGGACAAUACGGAUGCUCAAGCUGUCUUCUGGCACUCAUCAGCUCAUAUGCUUGGUGAAGCUAUGGAAAGGGUAUAUGGUGGAUGUCUUUGUUAUGGACCACCAAUUGAAGAAGGUUUCUAUUAUGACAUGUAUUAUCCUGAAAAAGGGAUAUCCUCUACAGACUUCCAUGUUCUAGAAGGAUUAAUAAAGAAGAUAGCAAAGGAGAAGCAACCUUUUGAACGGUUGGAAUUGACGAAGGAGCAAUUACUGGAGAUGUUUGAUUACAAUCCGUUCAAAGUGAGAAUUUUAAAUGAAAAGGUUAACACUCCGACCACUACAGUGUACAGAUGUGGCCCAUUGAUUGAUCUUUGCCGAGGACCUCAUGUCAGACAUACUGGAAAGGUUAAGGCUUUAAAAGUUACCAAGAACUCUGCCACAUAUUGGGAGGGCAAAGCUGAUGCAGAGAGUCUUCAGAGGAUAUACGGAGUGUCCUUCCCCGAGCCUAAGCAGCUCAAAGAGUGGGAGACUAUACAGGAAGAAGCGGCCAAGAGAGACCAUAGGAAGAUUGGCAGGGAACAAGAGUUAUUUUUCUUCCACGAGUUGUCUCCGGGCUCGUGCUUCUUUCAGCCGAGAGGUGCUCAUAUAUACAACACUUUGGUUAACUUCAUACGGGAACAAUAUAGGGUGCGUGGUUUCCAAGAAGUGGUAACACCGAAUAUGUACAAUGCCAAGCUGUGGCAGACGUCUGGCCACUGGGCGCACUAUUCUGAGAAUAUGUUCUCCUUCGAUGUAGAAAAGGAGACAUUUGCCCUCAAGCCUAUGAAUUGUCCGGGACAUUGUAUAUUAUUCGACAAUCGUCCGCGUUCUUGGCGUGAACUGCCGCUGCGGCUGGCAGACUUCGGUGUGCUUCAUCGCAAUGAGCUGAGUGGAGCUCUAACUGGACUGACACGUGUCCGUCGCUUCCAACAAGAUGAUGCUCACAUCUUCUGCACUCCGCAACACAUCGAGCAGGAGAUGGUGGCGUGUUUAGAGUUCCUGGAUUGUGUGUACACGACGUUCGGGUUCACGUUCCAGUUGAAGCUGUCCACACGACCGGAGAAGUAUCUUGGUGAACUUGCCACUUGGGAUCAGGCAGAAAAGGCUUUAGAGGAUUCUUUGAACAAGUUUGGUCGUCCUUGGCAAUUGAAUCCUGGAGAUGGAGCUUUCUAUGGCCCCAAGAUAGAUAUUACAAUACAAGAUGCUCUGCGACGUUCCCAUCAAUGUGCCACAAUACAGCUAGACUUCCAGCUACCUGAGAGAUUCAACCUAACCUAUGUCAGUGAGAGCGGUGAGAAGAAACGUCCAGUGAUAAUUCACCGAGCUAUAUUAGGAUCUGUGGAGCGUAUGGUGGCCAUACUGAGUGAGUCCUACGCAGGCAAAUGGCCGCUGUGGCUGAGCCCGAGACAAGUCUGUGUUGUACCUGUCGGACCAUCACUAGACCAAUAUGCCACAACUGUGAAUGAGAAGUUAUUUGCUAACGGGUUCAUGUCAGAAGUAGACACAGACCCCGGUGACACUCUCAACAAGAAAGUGCGCAAUGCCCAGCUGGCUCAGUUCAACUAUAUAUUAGUUGUGGGUGAACGUGAAAAGAACUCCGGCACUGUGAAUGUCCGCACCAGAGACAAUAAAGUGCACGGAGAGAUGACCAUAGACGCGCUCAUAGAUCAUCUUAAUAAGCAGGUCAAAGAGAAGACAUUGUCAGAUGACAGCCACAUGCUCGACUAACAAUAGACAAGAGAUAAGGGAAUAUACUCUGUGCAUUUACUAUGGUGCGGGUGACAUUUUGGAUCGAUGACGUCAUUUUAGACAUAAACGUUUUUAAUUCAAAAAUUACAAUCUUUAAUACGAUUUUUAGUUAAAUUUAAUUAUU